GCCGCCGCCCCCCCGAGAGGCCAGGGCCAGGCUGCCUCUUGGGAAAGAAGGUGAGGCGCGGGGGGCCAGGUGGGUGACUUCUGCUCUGCCUCCUCAGCGCUGGCCAUGGCCGCGCCCUGGGAAGACGUCCUGCGGGACGAGCCGGCCAUCCAGGAGGCAGCGUCGGUGGCCGUGGACGCGGCGCUCCUGGAAGGUGUGCUGAUGCGGACCGAGCGGGAGCCCAACGCGUCGGAUGUGGUGAAUUACGCUCCCUUCACACUGCUUCCGUCUGCAGUACCAAGUGCCCUGUUUGAACAAGCAUAUGCUGUUCAGCAAGAUUUUAACCUGCUAGUGGAUGCUAUUAGUCAAAACAAAGAAUUCCUGGAGCGUACUCUGGCCAGCACCAUCAAGGUAGAUGACUUCACAGCUCAACUCUUCAGAAUCCACAUGCAAGUUUUGGAGGAAGGCUUGUCUCAGUCUGUGUUUUUAGGCAUAAACCGCUCUGAUUACAUGUUUGACUGUGGGGUGGAUGGGACGCCAGCUCUGAAGCAGAUAGAAAUAAACACCAUUGCUGCCAGCUUUGGAGGCCUCACCUCCCGCACUGCAGCAGUCCACGGGCGGGUGUUGAAAAUGCUGGGAAAGUCUGAGGAGGCAUCACGCCUGCUGCCCAACAACCCAUCGAAAGGGCUUGCCUUGGGUAUUGCGAAAGCCUGGGAGCUCUACGGUUCCCAAAGUGCUGUGGUGAUGUUUCUAGUGGAAGAAGUCCAGAGGAACAUUUUUGAUCAGCGAUGUAUAGAAAAUGAGCUUUGGAACAGGAAUAUUCGGGUCAUCAGGAAGCGCUUCAGAGAUGUGUUUGAAAAGGGGUCUCUGGAUGAUGCCAAGAGGCUGUAUAUUGACGGCCAGGAGGUAGCAGUGGUGUACUACAGAGAGGGCUACGUGCCAAAGAACUACGACCAGCAGAACUGGGAGGCACGGUUGCUGCUGGAGAGAUCGAGGGCAGUGAAGUGCCCUGACAUUGCUACCCAACUUGCAGGCACCAAGAAGGUCCAGCAGGAGCUGAGCCGGCCAGGGACGCUGGAGAGAUUACUGCCUGGCCGCACCGAGGCUAUCGCUCGAAUAAGAGCAACGUUUGCUGGACUUUAUUCCCUGGACAUGGGCGAAGAGGGUGACAAAAUAGCUGCUGCAGCUAUCGCUGACCCUGACCGGUUUGUGCUGAAGCCACAGCGAGAAGGUGGAGGGAACAACCUCUAUGGGGAAGAGCUCAGGCAGGUUCUGGAGAAGAUCAGAGACAGCCCUGAGAGAACCUCCUACAUCUUGAUGGAUAAGAUCAAACCACAGCCAGCAAUGAAUUACUUGCUGAGGGCUCACAGUCCCCUACAAGUGUCUGAGUGCAUCUCAGAGCUCGGUAUUUUUGGUGUCUAUGUCAGACAGGAUAAGGAGAUGGUGAUGAACAAGGCCGCCGGCCACCUCCUGCGGACGAAGGCAAUCGAGCAUGCAGAUGGUGGGGUAGCAGCUGGGGUAGCAGUGCUUGACAGUCCUUACUUGGUGUGAGGAGGUGAUGCCCCAUCCUGCCCGCCUCACUCUGCUGCCUGAAGAGCUGAUCUGCCACAGGGAUGUUCUCCUUAGGGUGUGCUUACCAAGGUCUGAUGUGCUGGGGACUGUGAUGAGGGACUGCAUGGACAAAACUGCUCAAACGUCCUGUGUGCCAGCCCCAGCUUCUCCUCUGCAAUUCCUCCUGCAGGAAGAAGGGACUCUCUUGCUCUGCCUGCUCAGGGGGCCCUGCCCCAUAUGUGUCCCAGCUGUUAUCUCAGCACUGCAUUGGUCUGGGUGUUCCCUUGGGGUCUAGGUUGUGGGCAGGGGUUGGUACAGCAAAGCUGAAGGGUGAACGUGCCACAACAAGCACUCAUGCUGUUCCCAGUUUUGUGCUCCUUGGUCCUGGGUUAUUUCUGGAGACACACAACCCCAAAGCUUAGGGAAUGGAGAAGAAAGGUGUAUGUGUAAGUAACAGCCUUCAUCUGUGGGAUUUGUGGCCCAGUGCCUCAGUGCUUUCCAGGUUAAAGAGAGGAGCCUAGCUCCACAUGCCCAUGGCCCCUCCAGCCCCAAUUUCUACUCUUCCCUGUGCCUGAGGAUCCUCAGGGUUCCUGCACAAGGGACAGCUGCCCUUGUGUAAUUUGCCCAAAGGCCUCUUGCUUGCUUUGUUGGACUCGGUACUCAGCCCAAAUGGUGCCUCUGUGCUAGACAAGGCUGCAUCUGCUCCUGUUGCCUCCUGCAGCCUUGUCCAACAGAUCCCCAUGACAUGGCACAAGAAUCCCUCAAUGAUGGUGGCAGAUCCCAGUGUGAUGCUAAAUUGGAGCCUUCUGUCACAGCCAGUAUUUUGAUAAACCCUGAAUCCCCAAAGGCUUGUGCCAGUGCAUCUCACUGCAAGUCAUGCAUUGAGCAUCUCCCAGCUAGUCUGCUGCAGCAUGUACAGCCCAGCCCAAAAGCAGUGUCAGGGAGCCCCAGCCUCAGUAAUGGUCCUGCUGGGACAUGGGAUGGGCCGAGUCUGGGUGCUGUGGCAAGGAAGCAGAGGAAUGG